GAGUGAAUCAGUUGAAAGCGCCAGCGCCUCAACGGGGAGUUCUCAAGAAGAUGAAGAGCCUAAAGAGACGUGGAUGAGAGCACCCGGUAGUGGAGUCACCGUCAGGAGUGGGGAGGAUGCUCUUCUCACGUGUGUGGUGCUUGGGGCACGAGGGAAGCCGGUGCUGUGGAAGCGGGCGAGUGACCGCCAACUCCUCACUGCUGGUGGGGUCAAGGUCACGAGGGAUGAAAGAGUUCAUGUUCUUCAUGAUGAUACUGACGAGCCGCUCCAGGGUCCUGGCAUCAUGAAGGGCGGUGACGUGUGGGCGCUGGUCAUCAAAUCAGUGAAGUCUUCAGACGCCGGUCUUUACACAUGCGAACUAAACACAGAACCUCCUGUAAAAAGCUUCCACAGAUUAACUGUGAUCUCCCGAGGACUCACGCCGCCGGAGCAGCAAAAUGUAACCGACAGCUACUCAGCGAAUGCACCGACACCAUCAUCAUUGGCUCUAUCGCACAACUAUACAGACUGUUGUUUGGCUGCGAACAUUAGCAAAUCGUGUUUAGGCUUUUGCAGCAUACAAACGAUCCUUGAAGGUACUGGUCAAGAUCCGGAGACCUGCCAGCCCGACUUCCCGGCUAUUGUCAAGUGUAUGGCAGAUGGUCGUAACCACGUACCGUGCUGCGUCCAAGAACGUGUUCCGGACAUUUGUCAAGACGUGUGCCGAGGAGAAUUCACGCCUAUCACUGACAAUAUCAAAACACACUACUCCUGCGCAUCGUACAUGGAGAAAACACUGGCUUGUAUCGUGGAAGGCAUAGAACUCCUCCCCAGUCCGCCAGAAGAAGUAGAAGUUGAGCCGCUAAACGAGAAGCAACUAAACGUAUCAUGGACUCCACCAAUAGAAAACAGUGAUACUAUCACAGAAUACAUCGUCAACGUAACCACAUUACGUUCAUUUGACGCCCACCUCAUAGAUCCUUCGGAGAGUUCCAUAAAGAAUGAUACAGCUAAAACGAUACAAACCGUCGCGUAUAAAGUACAAGCGAAUAAAACAUUUUUAGUGUUAGAUGAUUUGCUGCCGUUUACUAUGUACGAGGUCACAGUGACAUCAUAUAAUAUACAUGGAUCAAGCCUUCCAAGUUAUGCCAUCAGAUCUUUAACCCUGACACCUGGUAAAAUGAAGUCCACCCAGGUGGCAGCUGCACCUAAACUCCCAGAUGUGAAGGGAUGCUGCAUCUCGUCGGGGGUGAAUCAUAACGGUUGUGUUGAGAAGCUGUGCGACCCAACUAAAACGCACGAGAUUGAUCUGCAGGUCACAGAUCUGAUGAUAUGCGCUCCCUGGGCGGGAGUCACCUUCGGGUGUCUCGCUAAUGGAAUGGACCAUACACCUUGUUGCCGAUCUAGAGGAUUACCAGAACCCUGUCUCCCGCUGUGCAGUGGAAAUAUCACGACACUUGACUUCAAUCAUUUCAAGUGCCUCCGCUACAUGAACUCAUACACCAACUGCCUGCUGGAGGGCUACGGGGUGCUCCCGGGUGCUCCAGCGUGGCUCCACUUGACUAACAUCGAUACUGACUUCGCUGUGGUACAUUGGUCUCAGCCUGCCGCUCUAGGAGAUACUGUCCAGUCGUACAAUUUGCAUUACAAAACUUUAAGUUCGGAUGAAGAUUAUAGGGCUUUGGAGAAGAUACAUUCACCGUUCAUCCUCGAAGACUUGGAAUCAAACACGGAAUAUGAAAUCUACGUUGAAGCAAUCAAUGAACAUGGUGUUGGUCCACCUUCAUCCAGAGUCAUAUUUAGAACACAAAGCCAGAUUUACGUGGAUGAAGAAGAGGCAGCCACCGCCUACAACGUGACAGAAUGCUGCGAGAAGGUUCAAUUAGCAGGAGUAUGCAUGCCACUGUGUUCGUACGACGCCAAAAUGUCGGAUCUACGCACGCUCGCGCCGUUGUGCGCAAUGGAGUUCCACAAACUAUUACGUUGCGGUGCUGGAGGUCGCAACCACGCGGGGUGCUGCGCGCGGCGCGGCGUGCCGGCGGCGUGCCGCGGCGCGUGCGCGGGCGCCGCCGCCGGCGCGCUCAACGCCUGCGUGCCCUACAUCGGGAACAUCGUGCAGUGCUUCGAGGAAGGCACUGGCUUACUGCCCGGGCCGCCUCGCGAGCUCCACGCUGCAGUAUCAAGCAAAGGUAGUGUCAUCCUUGAGUGGGUAGCACCUGAAGAAGCUGAGAAUGACACCAGUUAUGUAGUUCACUGGCAGAAGAUCAACAAUAACACACAACCCUACACCUACAAUACGCUGCCAGCGUUCUCUCAGGGUAUGAUGAACGAAACGAACAUCACUUCCAUAGAAAUCCACUCGCUGGUACCUAACAGCACUUACCAGAUGUUCGUGGUUGCUCUGAACAAUCACGGAUCCUCGCUGCCUUCUAGCAUGAUCAUCUUCAACUAUACAGAAGGAGAAGAGAAACAAGUCUCUGGAGUACCAUCACCACCACACUCUCUGUCUGUGUCGUCUCACUCUGCCACCUGGCUGACUCUCAGUUGGCAACCGCCACAGUUCUCGCUGCCUGACGAGAAAAUAUCCUACACGUUAUAUUUCAAGUCCCCCACGCAACUGGGACAGAACAACGUCACCACUAUAGACACCUCUGUUCCUGGUCACACGUUGGAGAAGUUGACUCCAAACACCCAGUACGUGGUGUGGGUGAAGGCGCAUACAGCGGCAGGAGACUCGCUGCCGUCUGAAACUUUACUGGCUUGGACGGACCCUGCAUACCCUGCCUAUGUUGAGCCACCGACCGUGAACCCAGUGAACCUCGUGGUAGAAGGUUCCAGCAUGACUAUCCUGUGUAUCGCUAUGGGCACGCCGACACCUACUAUAUCACUAUAUAUAUCAGGUCGUCUAGUCAGACAAGAAGUGACCCGUCAUAUGGUCACAGUCAUCCAUAACGUAACUCGGGAUAUGGACCAGAUAUCCUGUUACGCGGACAACGGGUACGGGACUCCAAUGCAGGCCUCCAGAAAGAUCAACAUAUCACAUGUCCCAACAAUCCAAGCAUCAGGUAUAACAAUGGCUGCCGCUGGCGAUUCCGUAAUAUUGGAGUGCAGAGUUGAAGCACUGCCCAAACCAACCAUCGCAUUCUGGAGAGAACCCAACGGGAGGAACCCUGUUAUUGAUGGACCCAACUACACGAUUCAAUUAUUGGCUGAUCCUGAGGAACAAACGAAAUACACGAUGCGGUUAAUAAUAAAGAAGAUAUCGGAAGCAGACGAAGGUGACUACUUCUGCCACGCAGAAAACGCUUUCGGGAAGACAUUGAGGCCGGUCUCCGUGAGACUGAGGCCAACUUCGCCACACCAUAACGUGACCGAGUGUUGUUCUCAGAUGAACGUGUCAUCAGCGUGCAUCGAUGCGUGCAGCUUCCAUAUCGAUAUGGACAACAUCAUGGACAGACCUGAAUGUCUGGAUGACUUCGAUAAACUCAUGAAGUGCGCUGCUGACGGCUCAGAUCACCGAAGCUGCUGCGCAUCCUGGGGCGUUCCACGGAACUGCCUAGAACUUUGCCGAGGUGGAACCGUUUCACGGUCGUGUGCAAUCCAACAUGCGCGAAGAGCACUUGCAUGCUUCAGGGAUACAGGAGGAAAACUGCCGGGUCCACCAAGGAAUUUGAAAGCACAUGUGGCUCCGACACCAAACUCUGUGCUACUGAGCUGGGAUCAACCAAUAAAGAAUCCACAGACGGUAUAUCUGUACCGUGUGUUCUGGAGAGCGUACGGCGCUAAAGUACCAGAAAAGUUGGAUACCAGCGAAACCAGCGUCGUACUGACGGGCCUGCAGGACGACGUGAGAUAUGAAUGCGUCGUGAAGGCGGCUAACGAUGUUGGGACGUCUUCUUUGAGCUUACCGAUCAUGUUCACAACUGCGGGACAAGAGACUGGUGCAGCGGCCGCACCAGUCGCAAGUUCCGGCAACGCUACAGCCGUGGGCCUAGCUGUUGCUUGUGUGCUUUGUGCAGCUAUACUGUUAGCUGCCGGCCUUUACUAUAGACAUAGAAAGAAUCUCAGGUUAAAAGCGCAGGGUGGAGUAGCCUUUGAAAAUCCAAGUUACCUGAGGGAACCUAAUCCCGAUACUAUAGUCAAUGGAACGGUACCUAAUGGUAACGCGAACGGAGGUAACGGCGUCGCUAAUGGAGUAUCAAAUAGUUCAGCGUGGAGACAAGAAACGCUGCAAAACCCUAGUACUACAAUCCCGACCGCCCGCGAAGUAGACCCGACCCUGUACGAGGAGCUGAAGCUCGGUCAGGAUGGCGCGGGCUUCAAGAGACUGAAGCCAUAGCCCGAGGCGGCGCGCCGCUCGCCGCUGCGGUCGCCGCGGCUGUCGUCGCCGCGAGUGGCGCCGCGCUACUGAGCGUCGCGGGCUCGCGCACGACCUUUUAUACGCCCCCCACGCGGCGUCACGUCACAGUAUUCUCCUCUCGCUCGCACGCCUCGAUACUUACCGUCUCCUUCGUCGUGUCCACCAAAUAUUAAUAUUAGUCGGUUGUGCAUUUGUAAAGCGAGCGAUAGUAAUCUGAGAAUUUGUAUAUAUCUACCGCUUAGAUCGUAAAUUAUGUACCUAUAUUGUACAGUAGUGUAUAUAAUUAAUACAGCAGUUAGACAUGACGGCCAUAGCGGUUCGUAGAUUGUAAAUGAAUCGUUGAUAUAAAAUAUAUUUUCAUUACUGUACUCGAUGUGAUUUUAACCAAAAAGAAUGGACCUCAUUUAUUUCUUGUCAUUUCAUGUACAUAUGAACACAGAGUAUCGUUAGGACAAUUUUAGGCCGCGCCGCUUCGGCGUCGAAGUGAUUAUAAAGAUUUAGGUCAUUCUUUAAACAAAAAUGUGCCUUCGAACAAUUUAUGAAGUAGAUAGUAUUUAGGAAUAGUUACCACUUUAUUCUGUAAAAAAAAUGUAUUGACUGUAUGAGAAAAGUUAAAUAAUAUACAUUGAUUCU